AUUGAAAUCAAACGCGAUCGUGUUACGACUGGAAUAAGUCGUCUGGGCUCGGUGGAGCUCACGAUCAACCGGCGCGUCGACACUCCUGCGACGAUAAAUGAAUCCUGCAAUUAUAUGAGAUUCCAGAAGAUUUCACAAACCUGGAGCAUCCUCCUGCAGCAGACAAGCUUCGUCGUUGGUGCAGGGCCGCAAGCUGCGUGGAAUGAUUUCAGUGGCGAAGACGGAAGCUCUUUUGUGAAGCUCGCGACGAAGCUCAACGACAAUUUCCAACGUUCGAUUCAUACUGGGAUCAUGCCAGUUUAUGGCAGUCGGAUUUCACACUUGAUUCCGUCGCGCAUCUCGCCUCUCUGCAAAACCGAUCUUAUAUUACCGUAUCACUGCCAGGUACACCGAACCAUCUGCCAUCAUGCCCGUCGUCCAUCGCUGCGCGUCGCGAUGCCUUCUCCAGCUCCAAGCCUCACGCUCCAACGGGGUGCCAAAACACGCUCUACUGUGAAAUUAAAGGAUCUACCACAAGGAGCAUUGAAGCUAGAACCUUAUCAUGAUACCGUAGAAGAUGCACCACGAUACCCACCGGUCGUACAGGGGCAUAGGAAUAAUAUGGAGAAGUUCCAGAAUUGUGUUAUCCUUACAAGAGUUGGGGGCUUCUAUGAGCUGUAUUUCGAGCAAGCUGAGGAGCUCGCGCCGUUGCUCAAUAUCAAGCUUGCUUCCAAGAAGACCAGCGCCGGUCCUGUUCCCAUGGCAGGUUUCCCAUUCUUCCAGCUAGACCGCUUCUUGAAAACCCUUGUACAAGAUCUCAAUAAGUACGUUGCCAUCAGCGAGGAGUUCGCGCACGACACGGAGGACAAAGCUCGCACAGGGGGACUUCUCUUCGAUCGAAAGGUCGCCAGAAUUAUCACACCGGGCACAUUGAUUGACGAGAAGUUCAUGGAUCCUGCGGAAAACAAUUUUCUCCUGGCCAUAUACAUAGAUGAACCGUCCUUGAAAGCACAACUAGAGCAGCAACAUGAUGUCUCGUCACAUCAACAUGUACUGUCAUCGGCGUCUCAGUCCGUAGGCUUAUCCUGCUAUUGCAAGAUCGGUGCUCGCGAGAUCUUGGUUGACCAGGGCAUUCAGGAUUUGAUCGGGCAGGAGCUGCAACUACUAGUUGGGCACGACCAUCGACUGAUGACGUUCUUCCAGUUUCCCCGAGACAUCUUGCCCAUGUCUCGGUGGGAUUCGAUGCUAGAAGCGCCCGUCGCUCCUAAAUCUAUCGAAUCUUUCACGCCGGAGGAGACAGCCGCUGGUUACAGCCUCCUGGAGUACAUCAGGGUUCAACUACAGGGCUUAGAUCUAAAACUCCAACCCCCUCGUCGCCGGCACUUGAGCGAAUCCAUGAAUAUUGACCGCAAUAGCUUGAGGGGGCUGGAGAUUCUCGAAACCGCUCGGGACGGCUUCGGCAAAGGGAGUCUGCUUCAUGCAGUUCGGCGCACCUCCACCAAAAGCGGAGCGCGUCUCCUCAGGGAUCGCUUGAGUUCUCCGUCGACUUCCUUACCGGUGAUCAACGAGCGCCUUGACCUUGUGUCGGCUUUCAUCGCCAACAGUGAGCUACGUGAUUGUGUGAUCCAGCUGCUGAAACGUAGCUAUGACGCUCAGCGCCUCGUCCAGAAGUUCACACUGGGACGGGGAGAUCCUGAUGACCUGAUUUGUCUCUCAAGGGCUAUAGAAGCUUCGAAAGAGAUCAAGCGGGUCCUUUCUGCCACAGGCUUCGACGUCCCCUCGUCCGCCCAGGCCAACAAUAGCCUUGCUGCUAUGACCAAUCGACUUCAUUUGGACGGGCCUACCAUACUCGCAGACAAAAUAUUGGCUGCUAUUGAUGAAGAGGGGCUGCUCCAAAAGCAGCGGAUUGAGGAUGAUACCGCCGCAGAGGCGGCGAUUCUAGCUCAGGAAGUCACCAUGAACGAAGGCUUGCCCACUGACCUCGACGCUUUGCCCAAGAAGGUCCGGUCCAAAAGCUCUACCCGAGCUGGCACACCUACCGAUGAACCAGCAGACGUCGACACCUGGAUUAUGAGACGGGAUGCCAGCCCUGCUCUACGUAAGCUCCACCGAUCAUUAGCCAAAUUGCAGGAUGAGAAAGUCAACUUGACACAGCGUCUUCGUGAUUCUGUCGGGUCAUCUACUCUGACCCUCAAGUGGACGCCUGGUCUCGGACAUAUAUGCCAUGUCAAGGGCACCAAGGUAUCCCAGCAAGCCCUUGAAGAAUUAGGAGUGACACGAAACGUCUCCACCACUAAAUCAACCAGGUCGUUCUACCUACCUGCAUGGACCGAGCUAGGCAAUCGAACAGACCAAGCGAAACUCCAAAUUCGGCAAGAGGAGCAACUGAUCUUUGAACGACUUCGCCGCGAAGUGAUUCUCAACCUCGUGAAGAUCCGGCGCAAUGCCGCCGUAAUGGACGAACUAGACGUCGCGUGCUCAUUUGCAACACUGGCACAGGAACAGCGCCUAGUUAGGCCCAUUCUGACAAAGGGAACCUCCCACAAAAUCGUCGGAGGAAGACACCCGACUGUCAAACUCGGUCUCGAAGAGCAGGGCCGACGCUUCGUCAGCAACGACUGCUUCUUAGGCGAUCAGGAACGCAUCUGGCUCAUCACGGGGCCCAACAUGGCCGGGAAGAGCACCUUCCUGCGUCAAAACGCCCUCAUCACGAUUCUCGCGCAGGUCGGAUCGUUCGUCCCAGCCGAAUACGCCGAGAUCGGGAUCGUCGACCAAAUCUUCAGUCGCAUCGGCGCGGCGGACGAUCUCUUCCGCGACCAGUCCACAUUCAUGGUGGAAAUGCUCGAGACAGCCGCUAUUCUCAAACAGGCGACAUCCCGCUCCUUCGUCAUCAUGGACGAGGUUGGCCGCGGCACCACCCCAGAAGAUGGCACCGCCGUCAGCUUCGCGUGUCUGCACCAUCUCCACUAUCGCAACCGAUGCCGCACACUGUUCGCGACUCACUUCCACGAGCUCGCAGACAUGACGCACGACUUUAACGCUCUCGGCCGGUACUGCACGGACGUCAAGGAGACCGCCUCGGGGUCAUUCUCAUUCGUCCAUCGGCUGCGCCAGGGCGUGAAUCGCGAGUCCCAUGCGUUGAAGGUCGCGCAGCUGGCGGGCUUACCGAAGGAGGUCCUCGAGAUGGCUCGAAGCGUGCGGGACAGCGCCCGUAACGCUCAGCAAUCCCGGUCAGCGGAUGUCAAUUGGAAAGCCGAAGCAGGUUCCUACCCUGCGCCACCUAGCGCAUAA